GGUGAGGCGGGUGGCUUGCGUGGGUGGAGUGGAGAUGGACGGCGGGCGAUGAUGAUGAUGAAAGCGCGGAACCGCUGAGGGAAAAGCUUAUUGUCGGCCUCGAGACGCAGGUACGGAGAAGCAGUGCUGGAGUACGGGUGAUUCCAAGAAUGUCAGAGGAGAGGAUGGAUGGCAACAGGACAGGACGGGGUGAGACGCAGGAUGAAGAUGGUGGGAGAGGAGGAGGAUGGGAUUAAACAGUCGCCUCGCUCGCUCCAGCAUGGGCAGCAGUGGCCCAUGCGGAAUGCUAGCGCUGCCCUUCACGUGGGCAGCAUCGAAGGUCUCCUCUCUUUGCGCGCACGGCUCGCAUCCUAUCAGGCGAAGGGGAGAGGAGACGGCGGGAGGGGGAGGGGGAGGGCACGUCGGGGGUGGAAAAUGGAGAUAUUUCGUCAUCCUUCCCCUCCCAAUGCACUGGAUGCUGCACCCACAUCACACCACAUCUUGCAGCAACGGUUGCACAGACAUUGCCUGCAUCGGCAGCCAUGUCCACGUGCUUCUUCUUCUUCUACCGUGGUGAUGCCCUCGGAGCCCGGAGACAGCAAAUUGCAACGAUGGAGUGAACAUUGGUAUCAAUACACAACACCCUCGUAUGAGAGCGCUGCGCACACCGAAAUUUCCACCCAGCGUCGUCAUCCCCGCCGGGGCCAGAACCCGCGCAGGGCCCAUUACGCAUGCAGGGCCGCAACGCUAAACGAAGCUUGACCUCGACGAGCGCUGACAAGCGGACCCCUCUUGGCCCCUCGAUCUGCACUAUCUUCUAGCCUGGCGCCGUGAAUCUCACGGCAUACCCUGGCUCUUGAGCCAUCGCCAACCCCCCCCCCGGCCUCAUCGUCUUGACACAACCUUGAUGGGAUGAUCCAAAACCAUUGGGAUCUCGCGAGUACUGAGGA